UUCAAAGCCUCACACACCCUCACGGUGUGGUUCUCGCCAUGUCACCGCGCUCGCAUGUCACGUUGGUCGUUUACCACUGGGCAUUGCUUCCUCAAUACCACAGGCCUACAUCCCGUGGGCACGGCAUGACCACCUGUCCUAUUUGCGGGGAUCCAGCAGGCUGCCUCAAGACUUAUUGCUAGGCGCAAAACGGCUCAGUGUGACCAUUACAGGAGGAUGUGCUGACAUACAUACGGUUCGGUGCACAAGGCGUUUCAAGCAUGGCAUGGAAGGAUGAAGGUACCGGCGGCAAGGGCUAUGUCUAUUCUCAGGAGAUCUCUCAGAUGACCUUUGUGUUCGCAGAGGUUACAGAUCCUGAUGAGUCAGUCCUGAAACUCAUCGAAGACAUUGUUCGCGCCCAGUGUGUAGAGCUGCUGGUUCAGUCACGCAAGCUGGCCAUACGGCGCAACAGCAAGUUCCUGGCCGCGGAGGAUCUCAUUUUCCUAAUCAGACACGAUCGUGCUAAGGUGAACCGUCUGCGAACAUAUUUGAGCUGGAAGGAUGUUCGUAAGAACGCGAAAGAGAGCGGAGGUGAUGCCGGCGGUACUGGUGGGCCUGGCGGAGAGAUAGACGGGCUCGACGAUGGAGCGAUGGACACGAUGGCGAGGACGCACGUGAUGAAGCUCAAAAUGCCAUGGGAGAUCAGUACGAUCUACAGCGAGAAUCUGCGCGCUCUUCAGAAUGAGGAUGACGAAGAGCAAGAUGAGGACGACCUCGAAGCCCAAGAAGCCAGUCUGCAACGCUUAAAGGAGGCAGACGACGCAACGAGGCACAUGACUCGCGAGGAGUACGUCCACUAUUCGGAAUGUAGGCAGGCAUCAUUCACGUGGAGGAAAGGCAAACGCUUCAGGGAAUUUAUCAAUGCCGGCGCAUACAUUGAUGUCAAACCGAACGACGAUAUUAUCGAUAUCCUCGGCUUCCUCGCCUACGAAGUAGUGCGAGAACUAUGCAUCAGCGCAGUCGCGAUUCGUGACGCCGAGGAAGAGCGUAACCACACAUCGACCGAAUCUAUCGACAAAAGUAAUCCCGACCUAAGCAAGGAAGAUGAAUAUGCGUCUGGCAAUACAUCGGGCCUGUCAAUCGCAGCGAAUAGUAGGAAGCGCAAGAUGACGAUAGACAGCACAACGAGCGCUGGUCGGAAUAAUGUGUCUCCGCGGAAGCGAGCGCGGCAGGGCAAUGGACCAUCAGGAGAAGCCACCUCGACGUAUCUAGGCGAAGGAAAUGAUCGCAAUCACACCGGAGAUGGCCUCGUUGAUGAUGGCGAACUCUGCUCUCUCUUCACCGUGCCAGCCAGCAAGCACGUCCCGCUAACUGCUGCCCACGUGCAAGAGGCCUUUGCACGCGUACAGCGUGACAAUGCAGCGCUUGCAAGUAGCGGCCCGCCUGGCCCUCCUGGAGGUCUCAGACGAACGCGCCUCUUCGUCAUUUGA